AUUCGGGUAAAUGUUGUUGCCAGGUCAAAUCAGCUGAUCGGCUUGUUUUCACUGGAGCGGCUGUCAAAGGUUACCAGCCGCGAAGACCGAUGGGAAACCGAGUCCAUUCUCCACAGAAGCAGUGGUCGAGUUCGAAUGCCAGGAUCUGAAGGACAGAGAUUUUCCACACUCCAGUCCAUUAGGUGGCGGAAAAACACGAUUCUAUUCAUGUUCCAACGGCUUACCCCAUAAGAAGAAGAUAACGCUGUUUGUUGUCAAGUGAUUAGCAAAGCAAAGCUAUUUAUUCCUGAAUCAUAUAAUGUUCUGACGGUGAUCGACAUGGCCGAGGAAGAGUUCACAGACAUAAACGGCAACUUGAUAUCUUUAGACUGCCAAACUCACUCGGCUUUCUGCAGAGAGUUCACAGUCACCUCACCGAAGCUGUCUUUGCGUAAGGUGAUGGUCUACACCUGCUUCAUAUGGUUAUUUGCUUAUGCUGUAUUUUUCUUCACUGAGAACACGGCUGUCCUGUCGAGUGCCAUUAUCCUCACUUUGGUUGGGAUGAUGAUUCAUAUUCACUUCGUGAAGGUGGACCAUGAGACCCUUCUCAUAAUCGGUUCCCUCGGUGUCCAGCUGUCUUCAUCUUAUGCAUCUGGGCGAGAAAGCACGAUCUUCAUUGAGAUGAGCAAACUGAAAGACAUCGUCAUCAACGAGGCAGUUUAUAUGCACAGCAUUAUAUACUAUCUGUGCAUUCUGAUCAAGGACCCAGCUGAUCCUGAAACAGUGGCCAGUGUUGUCCCUCUUUUCCAGAGUUCAAAGCCUCGGCUGAAUUGUUUGGUUCAAGUGUACAGGAGCUGUCAAGAGAUUUUGGCACAGACCAGUUGAGACCGUGGUAAUGAGUCUUUCUUCGAAACCGGAUAAAACCCCAGAAUGAACCAGAAGUGAAUUGUUGGUCAUUGUCAUCUACACUACAUUUUUCUGUUACAUGUAACGGUUUGUUAGAUUUUGCAUCCACAAACUUAAUGGCUACAGUUCACCUCAUUUAAUACAAUUUUUAUGAUCAGACAUUUCAUAUGUUAGUGCUUCCCACUAAAUAUGGGAAGUCGUGGCCUAAUGGUUAGAGGGUUGGACUCCCAAUCGAAGGGUUGUGAGUUCUAGUCUCGGGCCGGAUGGAAUUGUGGGUGGGGGAAUGCAUGAACAGCUCUCUCUCCACCUUCAAUACCACGACUUAGGUGCCCUUGAGCAAGGCAUUGAACCCCCAACUGCUCCCCGGGCGCCGCAGCAUAAAUGGCUGCCCACUGCUCCGGGUGUGUGCUCACAGUGUGUGUGUGUGUGUUCACUGCUCUGUGUGUGUGCAUUUCGGAUGGGUUAAAUGCAGAGCACAAAUUCUGAGUAUGGGUCACCAUACUUGGCUGAAUGUCACUUCACAUUUCUUCACAUUUUUUUUAUUUAUUUUUUUUCAUUUACUCCUAAUUUUGAUAUUUAACCUUUUGGUAGUAAGUGUUUGAACUGUUUUCUAUAUUAAUAUUGCAAUGAAUGUAGCUGGUUUUUCCUUCUGAUUCUGAUCUUAGUUAGCCACUAGGGGGACAUGUGUGCCAAAUUUUGAGAUCUGGAGCAAUGAUUUUAGUGAUCUACUAUUUUAAUAGUUUAACCAUAUGACAUUUUAAUUAAAAAAAAAAUUCCUAUUAAAAAAUAAAGCUGUUUUAAUUAAAUACUUAAAAAAAA